CCGCCAGCCACCGCUCCGGCUUGUUGCUGCUGCCGAGCAACAUCGCUAUGGCUGGACGCGUCUUCCCCUGAAGAUGUACGCAGACAAGAGAGAGGGGAUCUAUGUGGUGAACGGGGAAGGCAACCUGGACGGCCUCAUCAUGCGCGGGCACAUCAUCGCCAAGCUCGUCUAUGAGCUGCCGUGGUACUUCAACGGUGUCAUCCCCUUGUCGCAGAACAACAUGUUAGAUUGCAGGAUACCUCCGCUUCAUCAACUAGGGAGGAGAAGAUGGGCCGGUGGCGCCGGCAUCCUUGAGGCGGACACAUGGGCUUAGGAGGCGAGCAGAGACUGGCGGCGA